UAUUCAAAUUUGAAACUGAUGAAAAUUGUGUUGUAGUGAGUGCAUUAGGAGUUAAAUUUGAUGAAAAUGGUGAAGUAGCAAGUGAAUUAGAAGUCGAUGUACCAAAAGUAUUAAAAUUUGGAGUUGAUGAAUUAAAUUGUGUAGUAGUAAGUGAAUUAGAAGCCGAUGUAUUAAAAGUAUUCAAAUUUGGAGUUGAUGAAUUAAAUUGUGUGGUAAUAAGUGGACUAGAAUUCAGUGCACUAAAAGUAUUCAAAUUUGGAGUUGAAGAAUUAAAUUGC